GUGUGACAAACGGAUACUCAGAUACACUUGAGCGGAUGGAGCGGGUCUUUUAUGGAUGCCAGCAGUUCGUUCCACAAGUUUUCCCAUCCAUUGUGGGUCGCCCUCGACAUCAAGGUGUGAUGGUUGGUAUGGGUCAGAAAGAUUCAUACGUGGGCGACGAAGCUCAAUCCAAGCGAGGUAUCUUGACACUCAAAUAUCCGAUUGAACAUGGUAUCGUAACGAAUUGGGAUGAUAUGGAAAAAAUCUGGCAUCAUACUUUUUACAAUGAACUUCGUGUCGCUCCCGAGGAACAUCCCGUACUUCUGACCGAGGCCCCGCUUAAUCCCAAAUCUAAUCGUGAAAAGAUGACACAGAUCAUGUUUGAAACUUUCAACGCUCCUGCAUUCUACGUUGCCAUCCAAGCCGUCCUUUCAUUAUAUGCAUCCGGUCGUACGACUGGUAUUGUCCUCGACUCUGGUGACGGUGUCACUCACACUGUACCCAUCUACGAAGGGUAUGCGCUUCCGCACGCCAUUCUCCGUCUCGAUUUGGCCGGUCGUGAUCUAACCAACUAUCUCAUGAUCAUUCUCAUGGAACGUGGUUACUCAUUCUCGACCACUGCCGAAC